GGGUCAAAACAGAGACUAACUAGGAGAAUUGCUCACAAUGACUGUAAACAGAAUCAAGAUUUCACAUAGAACUGUGGCCUGGAUGGAGUAUAUAUGCUGGUGAGUCUGAUGAUGAUGAUGAUGAACAGGUGUGCACGUAGAAGGCUGGAGCAAAGACUGAUGGGAGUUGGAGUAAGGAAGAGAAGCUGGUUAAAACUCAGGAGAGGGCUCUUCUGGUGGUCGGCGGAGGACAUGGCUGAGUGAAUCUUGACAGCUGGUGUCAGGGAAGAUGGUUUUGAGAAGCAUCUGGAGACAAUUUUGUUAAUAUUCAAGCAAAGACUUAAACCUUUCAACCUCUUUGAGGAUUUUACAAUAAACCAGAACAAUAAAGGUGGAGGUCAUAAAGUUGUAAUUACCCGUUUUGCACAAUAACACAAAGCAUAAAAGGCGAGGGAAUUCUCAACAGAAACCAGAGACACAUGAGAGCAGAAAUGGAGAAGAUUGCUGUCCUGGUUCUGGUGUUGGGCUGCUGCUUCUGUGCUGCUGACAGCAAUGAAAUCGAAGGUCAAAACUCCGGAUCCACAAGCUCUUGUGACGUGUGUUCCCUCACAACUAUUGCUCUAAAUGUCGGCACAUUGGGGCAGAAAGUUGCAAACAUGGCAGACAAGAUAACGUUUUUGGAGACCAAGCUCCAAAACACCGACAGAGAAUUGCUGGAGCUGCGGAGCCUCAUUGGAGGAGCUCCACAAGUGGCUUUCUCAGCAGCUCUUAGGGAUUCUGGCUCUGGGAAUAUUGGACCUUUUACCACUGCUACUCCACUGAAGUAUAAAAAGAUUUUCUCCAACUAUGGUGACUGCUACAAUCUUUCCACAGGCAUCUUCACUGCUACGGUCAGCGGGGUGUACUUCUUCCGAUUCUCCAUGUUUAAUAACCUCAGUCCCACUCCCAACUCUGUUGUGGUUCUAAAAAAGAACGAUGAGCUGUUGACAUCUGUCUGGGACACCAGUGGAACAGACAUCCACGACAUGGGAAGCAACGCUGUAGUCAUCCCACUGAAGGCGGGGGACACUGUCUAUGUGGAACUGCAAGCAAACAGGCUCGUCUAUGAUGAUGCGAUGAACUACAACACCUUCAGUGGAUUUCUGCUCUUCACUAUGUAAUUUAAAUGUUACACUUUGCAUUCUGCAUUACUUUUUCUGAUAUGUUACAGUAACUAGCCUUUAUUAACUCAAUGGUGUCGGU